AGCUUAAAGGACAGCAUAUCUGAUGCAUAGCUUAAUGCGCUUACCAAUAAUCUUUUCAUGAGUGGUGACUGUGAAGUGAUGUGUGAUGUUUGUGACAUUUCUAGGACUGUGUUGUAUGACCUUUAAUAUCACAGGGCCUUUGAAGUGGCCCCAACAGUGAAUAAAAAGGGGGUAUGGGUCUAAAAGGGGGAGUCAGGAGUCUCUCUGACUAGACUCUCUUGCACAACCUGUGCCGACUCUCUGGAUCAAGCACAAUACUGCUCUAAGUUCUUUUAUUGUUGCUCCUUUUGGUUUUGAAGAAGGAUAUUGAAUCAACAUCAGGGUCUUAUACUACAGCCCAUGUCAGGAAAGAUGUGCAGCAGUAACAGCGUUGUUCAGGCACAAAAACUGGUGGAACAACUUCGAGUGGAGGCAAGCAUGGAGAGAAUUAAGAUCUCCCUCACAGCAGCAGACUUGGUCCAGUACUGUCAGGACCACAGACGCAGUGACCCUCUGCUCACCGGCAUCGCUGCCUCGUCCAACCCAUUCAAAGAUAAGAAGACCUGUGUGCUGCUUUAACAGUCCUGAGUACAGAUGACCGGUGCUACUGAUGACUAACACACAACAGACAGCCACAUGGGCAGCUUCUGUAUGAGAGUGAAACCACAGAUUUUCUACUGUCAAAGGACUACAAGAUAAACCUUUUACUUCACCAUAUAUAGUACAGCUCAUAGUUCUAACACAUUGCCCUUUAAACCUAAAUAAUAAAGUCAGCGCUAAGCAUAGAUGAGGAGCAGAUUACAGCUGACUGAGAAAGGAAAGAGUUCAACAUACAAAAACUGCACAAAUUAAGUAGACAAUAUGAUAUUUUAACAACUGUUUUGUCCAGUCCAAACAAUCUUUAUGCUUCACCAUAAUUCAUCACAGGGCUGUGA